CAGUCCUCGUGGGGCUGCAAUGGAUAUGUUUGGUUGAAUACACUUUGGUAGAGGUAUGUUAGAUGUGUAGGAUGGGUGGGUGUGCUUUGGGGUUGGUACUGUGAUGUAACGGGGGAGGGGGGAGUUCUCUCUCUCUCCCCCAUAGAGCGCAGCAUGAGCGCUCCGCAGCAAAAGGAUGUGUGAGCAGGCAGCGCGCUACUGUAGGGACGGAGUCCACAAACUGCUUAACAAAGAGCAAGCGAAACUUCGAGCCCAAGAAAGCAGCGAGCAGCCGAACCCCGUAGCCAGUCAGGACAGCGAGUCCGCGACGGCAGCGCAGUCCGGAAACAGCGGCGCCCAGCCCGGUGGAAUCGACGGGCUCGUCCGCUGGAUCGUCACCAAAAUGAGCGACAACAAGAACAUCUCCAGCCGGGAGUACGCCUCCAGCAAGGAGGAGGUGGCCGUGGCUCAGGAGCAGUUCUUUGCCCCGGAACCGCGGAGAGGCAUCUCUGUUAUUUUGGAUAUAUUCAGAAGAGCUGACAAAGAUGAUGAUGGUAAGCUGUCUCUGGAUGAGUUCCAGGCUUUCUUCUCCGAUGGUACGCUGAAUGAGGAGGAGCUGGAAAAGCUGUUUCACACCAUCGACUCUGAUAACACCAGUAAUGUUGAUACUAAGGAACUCUGUGACUACUUUGCAAAGCACAUGGGAGACUAUGAGGGAGUACUGGCCUCACUGGAGACACUCAACCUUUCCAUCCUUAAAGCCAUGGACUUCACCAAAAAGGUUUAUGAAAGAGGAACCAACGUGGAGCAGUUUGUGACCCGUUUCCUACUAAAGGAAUCAGCCAAUCAGAUCCAGUCUCUCCUGAGCUCUGUGGAGAGUGCCGUGGAUGCCAUCGACGAGCAGCACAGCCAAUCAGGUCAUGUACCUGCCAAGGUGAGUCCACGGAUGUCUGAAAAGCGCAACGUAAACUCUGUUCCUGACUACCCUCCAAACAACAGAGUCAGCCCCAGGGAGGCCGUCAGGACCAUCAACACUGCCUCAGGUGCAAUAGAGGUCAGGAAAGAAGGUCUGGAGGCUCAGAUCAACCGGCUGGCUGAACUAAUCGGACGACUGGAGAAUAAGACGGUCUGGUUUGAUCUGCACCAGAGGCUAACAGACACAGAUGGCACUACCAGCGCAUCCUUGUUGCUGAUCCGUCAGGAGAUGGUGGUUUCCCAGAAGAAGCUUGGCGACUUCUGUGAGGCUUUGAAGCAGUACCUGAAGAACGUCUCUACUCAAAGAGACUGCUUUCAUGUGACUGCUGUGCGUCUGCCCGACGGUUUAUCCUUCGUGGUGUACGAGUUCUGGGAUGGAGAGGAGGAGUGGAAAAGGCACCUCCAGUCGGAGCCCAACAAAGCCUUUCAGCAUGUGAAGGUGGACACACUGUGCCAGCCGGAGGCCAUGUCCUCUGUAGCCGUGCCAGCCGCCUGGUGCAGCGUGAACAGGGACUGAGCAUGAAGAUAUUCAACAACACGCCAAGACUCCUGGACACUCCCCACUUCCUCUUCAGAUCCCUCUCCAACCAUAAACCUUUCCCCCGGCGAUUCUACCCCUCCCAUAGCCCCACACUGUCCCAUCCCUCCUUUAGCCCUCACUUUCCUCAACUCUUUUUGUAAGUACAUGUUUACACAGUACAAAUGAAUGGUGUGAACUGCAUUGGAAUUGAACAAACAGUGCAUUUUACAAAGUGAGAUGACUAAAAUGUGUAUCUCCGUAUUGUAGUUUGCUGGAUAAAAUAAAUGGAUUCUGUCAUGCUUAGA